ACGCCGCGACAACUGUCAUUCUCGAAACGCGCGCGCCCGUCGAAAUUGCAAGUAAUUAAAUCGAAAGUUAAAUUUAAAAAAUGUGCGGCAACGUGCUCUUCGAGUUCCAGGAAAGCGGCGCGCGCAACGUCCACGGACUACGGAAUUAAAAUCCGCGGACGACGCAUCAGAUAAACAAGAUGGACAGAGCGAAGUCGGUGGUGGAGCUCGACAGGGAGAAGAAGGUGGAGUACAAGACGAAACUGACCUUGCUCGCGGAGUGCGACGAGAUCGUGUCCGAGGAGACCGUGAACGCUGUCGGUAGAGUGACCGAGAACGUGCGCGCCGCGGACGACAAUGCGCCCAGCAGCGACGAGCUCGACGAAGGUCUCGAAGAGCAGUACAAGGACCUGAACUUCUUUCUGGAUCUGCCAGACGACACUUACUCGUUGACCGCGAUCAGGCCGGAGCUGCCUACCUGCGUUCGAUACGGGGUCCGCGCCGGACUAACUCACAUCAACAUGCCCAAAUUCUCGCCUUUGUCCAGGGGACACCAGGGUGGAGCUACGGCGAUAGCAGCGUUCGCAACGACGACGGUGUACAAGUCUCGUUGCUGGAACGAGGCGGUGAUCGACCAGAUAAUCGAGGACGGAGAUAGCUUCUACUGCGAGUCGUACAAGGAAAUCAGCACGGACGACCGUCGGCUGUUGACGAUCCUGCAUCUAGGUAGGACCCUCUGCGUCCAGAACAAGCUGACCGUGAACGUGACGAUCGAGGACGCGGCCUACGCUGGCAAGUUCCGCUCGUCGGAGCCGACCGAGCUGCACCUUGUGAAGGCGCUGGAGCUGUUCUUCAAGCGCUACAAGGCCGGGAUUCUGUGCUCCUCGGUGCUGAACAUAGCGCUGUGGAAGGACACGAAGUACUUCAACAUCUUCGACGGGCAGGCGCGCAAGGAGAACUGCGAGCCUGCGGCGGAUGGCCUCAGCGGCACGGCGAAGCUGUUCCUGGUUAGGGACCUGAUAGGCGUCCUGUUCAUCAUCCUGGAGAAGAGCCAGGUGGGGAACGAGCCGUUCGUCCUCUAUGCCAUAGCUAUCAGCGGCGUGGACCAUUACACGAAGCCGAUAGCUGUCGUGGACACCGAGAAGAUCUACGCUCACGCCGUGGAGAGGCGACCCAGCAGCUACAAGGUUCAAGACAAGUACCGAGCGGUGCUCCAGGGCUCCUAUCACAUCAUGCACCCGGCUCUGCCGGCCCUGGUCCGCGGCAGAACCCACAUGAUCAUCGCAUUGGCCAGCCUGGUCUACUCGCGGCUGGUGAACGGCAACAAGUGGACCAGCGGGCUGGUGGACUUGAUCUUCAACCAGUCGAACAUAUACUUCGUCGACUUGGUCCGCGUGCUGGACAAGGACCUGGCCGACCCGGAGUUUGAGUUGAAGAUGGACGACGCGAUGGGCGACGUGAUCCUCGGUGUCUACUCGGCGAAGGUCAAGAUUAGGACGAACGUGGUGCCUGGCUACGGGCAGAAGAGGGGGAAGGUCGCGUUCGACACCGGGUUUAGGGAGUUCUUCGAGUCCCAGGCGUGUGGCCUGCUCGAGAUCAAGGGCGUCUACUACGCCAUCUGGCGGCACGACGACACCUACUACUACAUGGACCCGUACGCCUGCGACGACGAGGGCUUCAGGUCCGGCACCGCCGAGAUCGACGGGUCUUACAAGCCCGGCGAGGCCGCCUGCGUCACCAUGAACAGCUCCAUCAACCAGGUGCUAGAGACCAUCAUGGAGAACACUGGGAGCAGGGACAGGGAUCCGUUCAUCAUUCAUGGCGUAAGAGUGCUUUACGUAAAGACCGGGGUGACCCCUGGCGGGCCUUUGGAGUACGUCAUCUACCGGGAGAAGGGUACCAAUCGCAGGCCCCAGGCCCCACCGGUAGCAGUCGCUGCUAAGUCCCUUGGCAAGAUAGACGAGGUUCCGGACAUGACACCGACGAUCAGGCCGCAGCUGCUGAGGCUGAAGGACGCGGCGGUCCAGGUGCCGCCGUUGAUGAAGGAGGCGGAGAUGUACAUGAUGACGGACGAGGAGCCGAGGAGCUACGUGAUCCUGCCGCCUGAGGAGGAGGAACCUGUGCAGGAGCUUGGUGAGGAGGAGGAGGAAGAGCUUGAGGCUGGCAGGAAGGACUGGGAGGAAAUGGAGGAGGAAGAGGAGCCCGAGAAGGUGCCCGAGGAGCCACCUGUCCAGAGAGUCAUCCGAGGCUACAGGAAGGUAGGGCCUUACCGGCUGGUGCUGCAGGGCUCGAAGAACUGUCUGGAUGAUAGCUUCGAGGUCAGAUCCAGGGGCAAGCAGGGCCUGAUGGCUGCGCUGGUGGCUAUAGCCUACAGGAAGCUGAAGGACCCUAAGCGCUGGAGGAACGUGGACGUGGACCAGCUGAUAGACGUCGGAGACAAGACGUACGGCGAGGUGAUCGAGUGGAUCCGCAAGGGCAGCCCCGCGAUGGCCGAUAAGACGGAGGCUGCCGAGGGCGAGGAGGAGGAGGAGGAGCUGGAGGAGGGCGAGGAAGAGGAGGAGGAGAGGCUGCAGCCUGUUCCUAGCCACCUGGACCUGGGCAUGCUGCCGGCGCGGCUGAAGUUUGGGGAGAACGACGUGAUCUUCAAGUCGAAGAUGGAUGUGAUCCGUGGGGACGCCGCGCCCCUGGCCAAUCUGGCGGAGGCCCUCGAGUGCUACUUCAAGAGGCACAGCGAGCUGCUCCUGGAGAACAAGCGUCUGAUCUACGCGGUCUGGAAGGACAACGAGUGCUACUUCCUCUUCAACCCGUACGGGAGCGACGCGGAGGGCUGGCGCCUUCGGGACUACCCGGCCUCCUUCGCGGUCCUGGGCAGCCUAAACGAGCUGGUCACUCUGCUCCACGGGGUCAUAGAGUUCAACGAGCCCGCCUUCACCUUCCACUUCGUCUCGCUGGACUCCAUCCAGCCCGGCAAGUACGCGACCGAGGUCGAGGUGAUGCCGCCGGGCGACGACAUCGAGAUGUUCAAGACCAGCUUCCUGCCGAUCACCGACGAUGACAUAGAGAAGAUAGAGGCGGAGCUGAAGACUGUCGAGGAGGAGGAGGAAGACGCGGACGUGAUCGACGUCCUCAUGGGCGAAGAGGAGGAGGAGGAAGAGGAGGAGGAGGAGGAAGGCGUUAGGAGGCCUCGCGCCGGCCUCUUGGAAGAGGCUGAGAAGCCGCUGGUAGACCCUCUUUUGGAAGUCCGCGAGCAGGAGCAGCCGGACGCGCCUUACAGGCUGAACCUAGCGCUGCUCACCGCCGGGCUGAAGAUCCCCGAGGAGACCGAGGAGGCGAUGCAGCGGGUGCACGCGCAGAAGGCCCUGGAGAAGCUGAAGUACGAGCACCCGCCGCCGUACGUCUUGCCGUCGAACAAGACGUUGACGAAGCUGCUCGAGGCGAAGAGAGCCAAGCGGUCGGUACCUUCGCUGGUGUCCAGGUUCUCGAUAGACUCGAGGCUUGACGUGAAAAAGAAGGGCGGCUUCGGCACCUCGCUGUUGUCGAGGUCCACGAUCGUAAUGAGCGCCGGGACUGGCAUCGACUUCUCGGUACCCUCGAAGAAGAUCAAACUGUGCCCGAAGAGAUACCUGUUCUCGCGGCUGCUGCCCAUCUGUCUGAUACCGAUCAGGGCCAUCGACGACAUGUACAUCCAGCACGACGGACCAAUUGAGGAGGAUCAGCUCGAGGAGACGCCAAAGCGGCUGGGUAUGGUCCGAGAGGACCUACCCGAGGCACCGGUCGGGAUCCGCAUUCGGCCGGCCUUGAUUCCCCUGGGCCCCAUCAUCCGGACUCCGGUUCCCGAGAAGAGGCUGGGCAGCUGUCCCGAGAAGAGGAGACGCAAGUGUUUGCUGUCGAAGGCGGACGCUGGCGACGCGCUGAUGGAGAAGAUCCUCUGCAACACCGAGGAUCUGCUGCUGGAGCUGUUCUUCCCGGACUUCAAAGUGGCUGACCAGCUGCAGGCGGACGACAAGGCGCCGGACAACAAGAGCAAGAUUUCACAGAAAGGGUCCGUGAUGUCUCAGGAGGCCAGCACAGUUCGGACCAGGCCUGCGAGCUCGAAGAAGAGGCAGAAGCAUCCUGCCGGCUGGAAAGUCACCGAGGAUGGCUUCCGGAUCCUGCUGGGCGACCUGUGCCUGGAGGACCGGGCAUCGACCGAGGAGUGCCACUUCAAGUCCUGCUUCUUCGCGGCCUUGCUCUGCGUACUAGCGAAGAUCAAGGUGGACCCGGACAAGUUCCGCGGGGACACGCUGGACCAGUUCGUCUACCUCGGCGAGAAGAUCCACGGGAAGACCGGGAAGCUGCGUUUCAAGCCCUACAGAUGGUUCCACCAUGUGGAGAUCAUGCAGACGGUGUACAACGUGAUCACGAAGCAGGCUGUGUACGCCGAUCCGGAGAGCUCCGACAACGACGAGCUCGAGUACAUCAUGGACAGGUUCUUCGAGAAGAACCAGACGGGCAUCAUAGCGUUCGCCAAUUCCGCCUACGCCUUCUGGGCAGCGAAUGGGGCCUUCUAUCUCUUCGACCCUUACUCCUGUGACGAGCUCGGCAACGCCGGCGAAGGCGGCUCCUGCGCUCUGAUGGAGUUCUGCGAGCUGAACUCUUUGCUGGAGAAGCUCGAGGCGAACGUCGCCGAGAACACGAAGAGGCCUUUCCGGCUGUACACCGUGUGCAUAGCCCACAUGGAGACGAAGAGGCGGCGACGGAGACGCACGAGGAAGAAGACGUCCUGCGUGGAGAAACCUGAACUGGAAGAGCGCGUCGAAGAGCCGCCGGAGGUGCUGCUGUCCCCGGAGUCCUCGGUGUCCUUGAUAGAACAACCGGACUGGGUGACCGCCGAGUCGAGGACCAGCUUCGGGUACGACGCAACGGUCCCCGGCUUUGCGCCCAUCAGGUUCUGCAACGCCUCGAUGCUGGAGGUCACUGUCUUGGAGAACGAGAUCACUGCCCCAGUGUUGGCCCCCUUCAAGAAGGUCCCGAGGAUCACGGAGGACACGGACGAGCACGAGCUGGCGAAGACCUUGGUCAGGAAGAAGGUUCCCGACAGAAGGUUCAAAGCGGGCACGAUGGUCGCGACCCCGCUGGACCUCUGCGUGAUGGCCUGGUCCCUGAUCCACGACCCCAUCACGUGGUCGGUCAGGACGGUCAGAGGACUGUUCGAGACUGUACUGGACUACUCGUUCGACAGCUUGCUGGCGGCCGAGGACUCGACGGCCGCCGAAAUGACCGACGGCCUGCUGAACGAGUUCGAGAUCGGCAACUACGUCUUCAGGGCGGUGUUCGUGCCUCUUCAUUACGGCACCCUGUACGCCACCGAAGGCUGGAAUCUGGCGAUGUCCCUGCAGAAGGUCUUUGACACUCCAAGCUACACCGGCGCCAUUGUGACCUGCGGCAGGGCGCACCUGGGGACCAUGAAGAGGGGGGAAAACCACUUCGCCUGGUGGAUCGUCGCUGGUACCCAGAGCCUAAGGAUCGUCACUGCCGCGGAUAUAAGGGAGUUUCUGAGGCUGGUCGUCAAGGUGAUCGACCAGCCUGAAGAGGAGACCUUCGUGAUGCGCGUGAUCACGGUGUCCUACGCGCAGAAGGUGGACCCUGAUUGCAGCGACACCAGAGGGCUCCACGAGCCCGUCGUGCCGGCAGCCUCGCUGCCCGAGAUUCACAGGAUGCCGACGGAGCCUUACGACCUGGAGGCUAUCUUCAGGCCCACUGUGCCGGACUCCAGGCCGAUAUUCGUCCACGGGACGGUGGCCCUGAGCAACCGGGACGCUCUGACGGAGCCGCGGGUCAAAAGGUGCUACUUCGUCGCCGUGCUGGCCGUGAUGGUGCAGAGGGACAUCGUGCAGAGCCCCAUGCCCGACAUGGUGGACAAGGUCCUGGAGGUUGCCGAGUCGGUCUACAGGGAGUUCCCGGAGCCGAAGUUCCACACGGAACACAUCCUGCGCAACGUCACCAUCAUGAACAGGAUCUUCGACCUGCGGGACUGCGCGCUACCGCUGGCCCUGCUGACGGUGAGCCCGCGGACCGGGCGGAACGAUUUCUACCUCCAGGUGAGGAAGCACCUGAAGAGGUACUUCAGGACGCACGCCAGCGGCAUGAUCCACUUCACAAACUGCUGCUACGGCUUCUGGUACUCGAGGAGCACCAACGCCUACUACUACAUAGACCCCUAUCCGUGCAACGAGAGGGGCAGGAGGGUGUCCUACGGCGGCAGGGCAUGCCUCGGCAUCUUUCCCGGGCUGUGCCAGAUGGUGAAGAACAUGUGCUUCAACCAGCACGAGGACACCACUGGCUUCUUCAUCCACCGCGUCCACGUGGACUCUGUCAACGUGCCUCCGUUCGACGAGUUCAAGGAAGACCCCAUCUGGUUGUAUCUGGACUAUCACUGGAACUUCCGGCACGCACCGGACAUCGUCAAGCCCAGCGCCAAGAGGAAGAGGAGGGGGGAGGAUGAGGAGAUGAAGGACGAGGGCAAGGUGAAGCAGUUCUGGAACAACUACGCCGUGGAGGUGUCGAACCUGAUCUAUUCUGCCUGGGGCACCAUAGGCGCCUACGACUCCAGGUUUGGGGAUCGCGGCGGCAAGAACCAGGCAGCCAUUUGUGUCGCCGUCUUGGCCAUGCAAUACCUGAGUCACCCGUCCAGGUGGGGCCCUGCCAUCCUGGACUCAGCGGUGAUCUGCGGCGAUUCUUAUUACACCGAGAGCGUCAGGGGCGCCGCGAAGUGCGCCAAGUACUACAACCACUUCAACCUGCAGCCCUGCUUCAAGAUCUUCCCGCACCUCUGGGUGAUCGACUUCAGGGAGGCUGUGUGCGGCACUCUAUACGGGGCGAAGAACAAGAUCACGCUAGCGGCUGCUCUGAACAAGGCCUUCGAAGAGUCACCGAAUAUUCUGGUCGAGUGCAACAGGGUCAUUCUGGCCGGCUUGGCGGCUAAAGAUGGUUUUUAUAUGGCGGAUCCUGGAUGGGUUGGCCCGCCGUUGUUCGAGAGGGAUCAUGGCGCCAUCUACGUCCUCCGAUGCAGGAACAUGAACUGUUUGGUCUAUGCUAUGGUCAAGACCCUUAAUACGAAUAAGAGGAUGGACUUCCGGAUCACGCCCGUCGCGUUCACGUUCGAACAAGAGGACUUUAACUUCGUCGAUGCUAAGAGCCUGGACACCAAGAAGAAGGUCUUCCUCGAGCCGCUUAGGACUAGCCCUGGGAAGAGCUUCGAUCCUGGAACGCUGAUCCCGGGAGCCGACACAGUGCCCGACCAAGACUCGUACUUGGUCUACCACAAGAACCUGUCUGCGGGCAUCAAGCAUGGCGAUAAACUAGAGUACCCGGAGCUGCCGUCGGUCGAGCCGACCUUGAAGCGGGACGCCAUGACAAGCGCGAUGGUGAGCACCACCUGGCACUUGAACCUAGGCCAAGCGGACCCGCUGAAGAAGCCCGAACCGAAGUUCGACCCGUUGCUGAUCGCCCACGACCCUGAAAAAUGCGAGAAGCGGGUGGUCGGCAGUUUCGAGCCUCGAAGAACCGUUCAAAUGUCGAUCACCGACCUACUGGCCGCCUGCGACGAUUAUCCGAGGGUAGUGGACUUCAAGAGCGAGAGGACCGUUCUCGACAAGCCCGUCGAGUGUGCCAAGGCGACCAGCUUCCUCACCGAGGCCGCGCGCGACGAGUUCAACGUCGUGACCAAGGACAUGCGUCGAAGCGUCUACGCCACUUACAAACAUCGCCUGCCGAAGCUGAAGAGACCGCUCGCCGCGUCCAUCACAGAGGAAGACGCCGACGCGAGUAUAGCCGCGAGCCUAGGUGCAAGUGUAGCUGUGGAUGGGGACGAAGAGAUCGGCGAUGUGCCUUACAAUACCGACGCCACGGAGGGCACCGAGGAAGAGACCGGCACAGAAGUGGAAGCUACUACCGAAGAUGAUUAAGCGUGUCCGGAUCGACGAGGCUAAUUUUAUUUUUUAUCAGAAGGUCCGGUCGGUCGUUUCAUCAAUGUCCAAUUUUUGGCGAACUCGUCGAGUCGAUUUAUUAAAAAUUUACACGACGUUUCACUCGGUGCAUUAAAACAUGCUUCAUGUUCGCGUUAUCUUAGAUCGAUGCUUGAGAUACGUUACCAGUCGUCGCGCAUGUUGACGACAGCGUCGUGACCGUGAUUGAUGAAAGAAACUAUCGUAUCAGACGUAAUUGUAGUGUUCUGAUCGUUACGAUGUGUUUCUUGCUUCCAGGCGUUUCUUGCGCGACGCGUGCGAACAAACUGCGCCGAUUGGAUCGACCGAUAGCACGCUGAUUGGUGCAAUUACACGUCGCGAGUGAAUCAGCGGAAAACCGUUAGCGCAUUUUCGUUCGUUUCGCUCGGCUCGAAAGAUGAUCGAUCGGCUGAAAUCGCUUUGGCGAAACCGGAUCACCGUUCGCAUCGGAAUACGGUGCAAAAAUAUUGAGAGAAAAACUUCCGCGAGAAAAAAUUACACCGCGUCGAAGAAGACUCUCCCGACCGGCCGUGUGUUGACGAUAUUUUUUCCUCAUUAAUUUAUGCGGCCGAUUGAAACCUGGGAAGCCGAGCCGACUGCGUCGGGAAACACCGAUAGCGUUUGCAUAAAGAGCGCUCGGGACGAUAAAACUGGCACAGGUUGAUCAAAUUGUAAUUUAUUCGACAUGGAA